GAUGGCGACACACGUGACACCAGGGAAUUCGCCCAUCUUUCAGGAAGCUAAGAGCAACACAACGAGGAAAGUGCGUAUUUUCGGCUUUUAUUUCAAGUUAUAGCCUCAGAAUUUACAGUAUUCAAAAGGAAAGAUCCAGGGACAGCAGAUUUGACUCAUAUUUGUGUAUCGCGUGGAUUGUUUUGGACAGAAAAGUCGGCUCAGUUAGCCUGCGAGCUAACGUCAGAUUUGGCUGCGCAUUUUGACAGCAGUCUACCAGGUGUCAGAUCUGGUUUGGAGACCUGGUUCUGUAUGUGCCGCUGGGAGCAGGAGCUGAGGCUGAACCAUGGCAGAUGACAAAGAUGUUCUGAGGGAUGUUUGGUAUGGACGAAUCCCCGCCUGCUUCACACUGCACCAGGACGAGGUCACGGAGAGGGAGGCCGAGCCGUACUAUCUGCUGUUGCCCCGAGUGAGUUACCUGACGCUGGUCACAGACAAAGUGAAGAAGCAUUUCCUUAAAGUGAUGAGAGCCGAGGACGUGGAGGAGAUGUGGUUUGAGUACGAGGGAACCCCACUAAAAUGGCAUUACCCAAUCGGAGUCCUGUUCGACCUCCACGGCUCCAACAGCAUCCUGCCCUGGAGCAUCACUGUGCACUUUAAGAAUUUCCCGGAGCGCGACCUGCUGCAUUGCCUCUCGAACUCUGUGAUCGAAGCUCAUUUUAUGUCGAGUAUCAAAGAAGCCGACGCCCUGAAACACAAGAGUCAAGUGGUGAAUGACAUGCAGAAGAAGGACCACAAACAGCUGUGGAUGGGCCUGCAGAACGAUAAGUUUGAUCAGUUCUGGGCAAUAAACAGGAAGUUGAUGGAGUAUUCCACAGAAGACGGAGGCUUCAGAUACAUCCCCUUCAGGAUAUACCAGACGACAGGUGAGCGGCCGUUCAUCCAGAAGCUGUUCCGCCCUUUGUCUGCAGAGGGCGCUGUCCACACUCUGGGAGACCUGCUCAGAGAAAUGUACCCAGCAGCUGUGCCCCAAGAAGGAGAAGAGAAGCGCCUCCUGGUGGUGAUCCAUGGUAUCGAGCCUCUGCUGGAGACUCCCGUGCAGUGGCUCAGCGAACACCUGAGUCACCCGGACAACUUCCUGCACAUCUGCGUCGUGCCCACCCCCUCAGACUGAAGACACGCCCACUCCGACGAGACACGCCCCCGUAGACUGUACAUAUAAAUGGACAUAUGUAGCCCACUUGUCUCCGCGUUGCAAAUAGGAAGCGAGCGUGGGCGUGCUUCCGGCUCCAUCGACUCUGGCUCCAGUUCACUUUCUAUUGACAAACUGUGGCCCCUCUCUCUGUAACUCCUGCUGUCAGACUCGUUAUUUUGAUCUUAAAAUAUUAACCCGCCGUACGUGAUCCUGGGGUUUUUAUUUUUUCCGUGAAUUAAGAUACGAACAUCAAUAACAGACCAAUCAGGUGCCAUCCUUCCCCAAGGUCGCUCCCUGUAACAUUAGCAACAGGUUUGAUUGACAGUGUUGCUAAGCGCAGGGCGAAGGGGGGUUACAUUCAACAUCCUGGCUCCUUAUUGGCUCUUUGGUUGCUAUGAUACGUGCGCUUGAAUUUCCAAAUGUGGAACCGAACGCCGCAUCACAGUCAAUCCACUUCUAUAAACAAUCUAUGCAUUACAGACACGCCCACUGACGCCAAGACUCCGCCCCUUCAGACUAAAGGCGCGCCCACUUAACGCUCUGGUUACUUCCUGUGUUUUCAGAGGCCACACCCACUUCAUGAAUCCAACGGAGCCCUAAAGUGAAAGUAAAAUCCAUAUACAUUUUUCAUCGUGACUAUAAACUCUCAAACAUUUAAGUUGGAUGCCCUUCCUUUCUCAACCACUGAGCAUCAUGGGGGUGAAGUGUUUCGCCAAGGGACACGACAAAAGUAUGUGCUCAGGUGGGAAUAGAACCAGUGACCUUCUGGACCUCUGUUGAGCGCUGAACCCACUGCACCACACAGCCACUGAACUCUCAAUUUCAUGGGUGAAAAUCCAUUUUACCAAGUUUUUUGAAGUUGUAAUUUGAUAUUAUAGUCAAACGUUUUUUUGUCUUUGGGAAAAUAUUUGGGAAUUUUUGGGACAGAACCAGAAGCGGGCGGAUGUGAUUAUUAACCCAAGAACCAAGGGGACAUUUGACCCAGAGAAAUGGACUCAAUGGAUCAGGAAACGGCAGAAUGACAAAGGAGCAUGAUUCUACUUUCAAGUCUGACACUGACUGUUUUUGAGUGGAGGGGGGUCUGAAGAACAAUGUUUUGACCCAGAACGAGAGCAAAUUCUGGGGCAAACUCGUGCUGAAGCUGCCUUAGUGGAGAGACUUUAAAGGGCCCAUAUUACACUGUUUGCUGAUCUGUGUUCUAAUGUUGUUUCCUCAUCACAAACACACCUGGAGUUGUGUUUUGUUUCAUUCACACCUUUAACAUUUAAACUCUGCACAUUUAGGCUAAGUUAAGUUCUUCUCUCAAACUGAAAACACUCUGUUCCACCUUGUGAUGUCAUCAGGUGCUAAUACAGGAAGUCCUCCGUUGUGUUUAUAAACUCCAUACACCUUCAUUUCUAGAAUCAUUUGGAUGUUUUCAGUCGUGGAAUCGUCAAUUUCUACUGAACUAAAUGUUAAAGGAGCUAUUAACUUAAAAUAUCGCUUCAUGACAUCACAAGGUGGAGCAGAGCAUUUUGAGCUUUGGCGAUGUUACAGACUAAUAAUAAAGUGUGUACUCAUGUGUGAAUGAAACAAAACACAACUCCAGGUCUGUUUUUGAGGAGGUAACGACAUAUAUCACGGCUUAAAGCUCACAAAAGUCCAUUUUGUGUAAAGUAGGACCUUUAAGCAUCCAAAACUCGAUGAGAGUUCUGAUGAGGAUAUGCGACGGCCAAAUGCAGCCAAUGGUUUUCAUACAUUUUCCGGUUUAAAGAAUCAUUAAAGGCACACCAUGUAAUUUUUCUGAUGAAGUGUCUGUCACCACCUGGGAUUAGGGCUCAGAUUAAUCGCGUUCAAAUCGAAAUCACACUUUGAAUGGACGCAAUUAUCAAAUCGUAAAGGCUGCAGUUUCUGAAUUUUCCUGUCUAAUUCUGCAUAUAAACAUCUAACCCUGUAGUUUCGAUUUGUACAAACAUGUUCUGCAAUGUCCCAGUGUGUCAGAUGCCCUCCCCGUGUCUCCAUGGAGUGUUAUUCUGCAUAUAAACGUCUAAUCGUGUAAAUUUCAUCUGUACAAAAAACGUUCUGAAAUGUGACUCUUGGAUUAGUUCAGCCAAAUCGUUGAUAAUUGAAUAAAUGCAAGAUGGAGAUUUUUAAUGCUUAACUUUGGAACAUUCCAGGGAAAGCAACAACAUCUCCACGGAGACGAACAGCUGGCAGGCUCUACAUCAGAAAAGUUACAUAGUGCACCUUCCCUUCAACUUACUUACUAAAUAUAUAUUUCUUUGACUAAAAUAUAUUAAAAUAAUGAUUCAACUUAAAGGGCCCGUACCUGGUUAGAAGCCAUUUUAUUAUUUGAGAAUCAGGAAGUGUGCGUUAGCAUGCUAGUUGAUGUUAGCUUGACUCCACUCUAGCCUGUGAGAGUUGUGAAAAGUGCUUAUAAACACAUCCUGGUGAAUAAUUACAACGCUCUGAAUGCGUAAGAUAAGUGAGGAGUAACUUUGGACCACUGCAGACGCUUUAAAAUGAGCUAGUUGCGUUUUUCACAUUUUAAGACGGUAAAAAUCAGGUACGGCGCCGUUAACCUUGGCUAAAAUGUCGGGUAUGUCUUUGAAGGACUCGUUAAGUUUGAACAAAAUGAGCUGACAGUUACACGUGCUGCUUGUUCCUUGUCGUCGGCUAUGAAUUUUGACAGAAUUCUUACCCAUAAUGAGAGUGAUAUUGGUUUUGUUUAUGAAAUAACAUCAUUAUAAAACAGAGUGUCAAUCAUUUUAAUAAUUAAUU